CCUCAAUCCAAAACUCUUUCUUUCUUCAACCUGGGCCCCCAAUCCAGAAUUACAUCCCUCGACACAUACCGUUCGAUCAAGGCCGCAUACCUACACUCACUCACACAAUUUCUUGCCCACCAUGUCGGACCCACUCCUCUUCGAAGACACUUUCACCAUCACGGCGAUCAACCAGCAGAAAUAUGACCGCGUGUCGCGCCUCACCUGCACCUCGUCGGAUAACCUGACGACCUUCACGCUGGACGUCAACACCGAGCUGUACCCGUGCGUCGUCGGGGAGUCGCUCAACAUGGCUCUGGCGUCGACUCUGUCGCUGGACGGCAAGGACGACUCGGGCAAGGCGGGCUGGAAGGAGGUGGGCAUGGGCGAGCAGACCCUGGCCAACGACUACGACUACGUCUGCCACGGCAAGGUUUAUCGGUUCGAGGAGGGCUCGACUUCGGGAAACAUGGCUGUUUUCACCUCUUUCGGUGGAUUGUUGCUCUAUCUCGAGGGCCCCUACAAGAAGCUCGCUCCCUUGAGGAUCGACUAUGUCUACCUGCUUCUGAAGAAAUGAGGACGAAUUUUUGCUUGACGUUUUGGAUUCCCUGGCUCUUGUGGGCUGUCGAAGCGCUCCGGCUCGAUCAGAGUCUGGGGUGGUGGUCAGAAAAAGAAAGAAAAAGUCUGUAUGCAUUGAUUGGGGUGUUUCGAUUGCAGCGCUGGCGUUUGAUUGGUGAAAUGGGUAUAUCAAAUAGAACCACUAAAUAUCUCGAGAUCUUUCUAUCACAUGUCAUGU